AUGUCCACUCCCAAAUCCCUUAACUUUGAACAUUGCAUAAACCCUACAAAGAGAAAAGUACUAUCGACUGUAGCGCAACUCUUUGACCCAGCUGGAUGGAUAACACCCAUUAUUGUAAAGGCGAAGAUUUUAAUGCAACAUCUCUGGCUUGAGGGUUCUGGUUGGGACGACACAAUAAGUGAUGACUCCCGCCAUUCGUGGGAGCAAUUGCUCUUGGACUUUUCCGACAUUAAUUCCAUUCGAGUUCCUCGUUGGAUUAGAUGCAUGCCGUCCGAUCACAUUCAAAUUCAUGGGUUUUCAGACGCAUCAAAGGCGGCGUAUUGCGCUUGUGUAUAUGUCAAGGUGCGGUCUUCUGACAAUGCCUCACAUUCCAGCCUAUUGGUGGCCAAAAGCACUUCAAGGGACAUAGCGGAUAAAUACAUUACUCACGGCUUUGAAUGGAGCUUCAUUCCUCCUCAUGCACCUCAUAUGGGCGGUCUCUGGGAGGCCGCCGUUAAAAGUUUUAAACAUCAUUUUAAGAGGGUCGCUGGGUCGCACAAAUUUACAUAUGAGCAAUUCGCCACGGUAUUGGCUCGAAUAGAGGGAGUCCUUAACUCCCGACCCAUUUGUGCAAUAUCAGAGGAUCCCUCUGAUCUCACUGCACUAACUCCUGGCCACUUUCUGAGGGGUGCCCCCAUGCUGGCACUGCCGGAACCUCUUUCACAAGACAUGCCAGUCCUGAAUAGAUGGGUCAAACUUAAGGCUUUGCAUCAUCAGUUCUCUGUUCAAUGGAAAGAGGACUAUCUGAAGUCACUACAAAAGCGGUAUAAGUGGAAGGAACCAAGUCCGGGGGUAAAGGUAGGCGACUUAGUGGUAGUAAUAGACGACCUACUUCCACCGAACGAAUGGCGAUUAGGACGUAUCGAGGAAACUCACCCAGGCCACGAUGGCCAAAUUCGUAUAGUGGAUGUUCGCACUGCGACUGGCUUGAUUACACGGCCUAUAGUGUGUAUAUUUAAAGAGUAUCACCUAGCGUUUGUGGAAGAGCGUGCUUCAAAUUACUUACUGAAUAAGAGCUACGUUAAUGCCAAUGAAGCGGCUCUAUUGAUGAGAUGUGGUUACAUAAAUUGA